AUGGAAAGAGGUUGGCUCCAUGAACAUGGAUUUUUCCUUUGUCUCAUUCUCCACCUGCUGCUUCAAGGAAGAGGAGACACAUUCACCAUCAAUUGCUCAGGCUUUGACCGGCAUGGAGUGGAUCCUGUCGCCUUCCAAGCAGUGUUUGACAGAAAGGCCUUCCGUCCAGUCAUCAACUAUAGCAUCCCCACUCGUGUCAACAUCUCCUUCACUAUGUCAGCCAUUGUGGAAGUGGAUGCACAGCUUCAACUGAUGACAUCUUUCCUAUGGCUAAACAUGUUCUGGUACAAUCCAUUCAUCACGUGGAACCCAGAGGAAUGUGGGGGCAUCAGGAAGAUCAGCAUAGCAGCUGAGAAUCUUUGGCUUCCAGAUAUCUUCAUCGAGGAGUUUAUGGAUAUGGAUCAGACAGCUACAGGUCUCAUGGUUUAUGUCAACAGUGAAGGUCUCAUCAAAUAUGAUAAGCCAAUGCGGGUGGUCAGCAUUUGUAACCUGGACAUCUUCUAUUUCCCCUUUGAUGAACAGAACUGCACACUCACCUUCAGCUCAUUCAUCUACACAGUGGAGAACAUGCUCCUGGGCAUGGAGAAGAAAGUGCAGGAGAUUUCGAACACAUCACAGGACCUCAUUCGGAGCAAGGGGGAGUGGGUACUUCUGGAUAUCCACCAGAGAAUGAUGAAGAUGACUGUGGGCACCAACCAGUAUGACCAAAUCAUUUUCUAUGUUGCCAUCAGGCGCAGGCCCAGACUCUAUGUUAUAAACCUUCUGGUGCCCAGUGGCUUUCUGGUUGCCAUUGACGCCCUCAGCUUCUACCUGCCAAUAGAAAGUGAGAAUCGUGCCCCAUUCAAGAUGACACUUCUGCUGGGCUACAACGUCUUCCUGCUCAUGAUGAAUGACUUACUCCCUGCAACUGGCACCCCCCUCAUCAGUGUCUACUUUGCCCUGUGUCUGUCCCUGAUGGUGGUCAGCCUACUAGAGACCAUCUUCAUCACCUACCUGUUGCACCUGGCCACCACCCAGCCCCCUCCCAUGCCUCAGUGGCUCCAUUCUCUCCUCCUCUACUGUACCAGCCCAACAAAAUGCUGCCCCACUGCACCCCAGAAGGGAAAUAAGGGCCUAGGCCUCACCCCCACCCAUCUGCCUGGUGUGAAGGAGCCUGUGGAGUUGGUGGGGAAGGUGCCAGGUCCCAGAGAGGCAGAGUUAAAUGGGUGCCCUGGGUCAACAAGGGCUCAAGAAGAAUAUGAGGCUCAGAAGCGGCACUUGGUCAACCUGUGGAUAGAGUUCAGCCACAUGAUGGACACCCUGCUCUUCCGCCUCUACCUGCUCUUCAUGGCCACCUCCAUCAUCACAGUCAUCGUCCUCUGGAACACCUAGGCAAAUGCCCAU